AUGGAUCGCUUGUCAGGUCGCUCAGAGUCGCCCGGCCCUGUAACUACGGUUGAGACCAUGACUGAGGACAUGAGCCGCGCCCGAGCCUUGAGUGUUCUAUGUGGGGGACUUAAUGCUUCCGGCUUUGCCCUUGAUGGCCGCGAAGUUUCGCCUGAACCUAGCGAGUCCUUCAUGUCAACAUCGCCGCCUCCUCCGAGUCCCGAACAUCAUCACGCGCAGGCUGAGGACUUGUUGCCUGAUCCUCAAGUCUCCGUCGACAUCGAGGAAGCUCCUGCUGCCUCCGAGCUAGCUCCAAAUCUGAACACGGGCUCUAGCCGCUCUUUGGAUGACGAUCACGACGACGAGGAGGUACACCCUGUUGCAACUGCAAGCAACGACGACGACGAUCUAGAUUUCCUUUUCGGCGUAUUCUCCACGGCGGUAGAAGAGUACAACAAGUGUACCGCAAUUCUGAAGCAAUGCGAGGAAGAAACGAACGCGUUUCAGGCGUCAACGGACUCGAUCCGAGCUUUUUGGAGACAGAAGAAAGCGGAAAUGGUUGCGGAGGUGGCGGAUGUCAUGGACCCCGCCUUAAAGGAAUUGGAGCGGGAUCUCAACGCGUUUCAGGCGAAGAUAGACAUGCGCAAAGCCUCGAUGGUAGAGGCUGCGAGAAGGGCGAAUGCCUUUAUGGAUCGUUGGACCAAAUUUGCGGCCGAUGGAACAAUUGAGUGA